GCGGCCGUGCACGCGCGUUGGGAGUGCGGUCGAGGACGCGCUGCUGCCGCGCGGUCCCGAGAGAACAGACUAACACAGACAGAGAGAAGAGCUCAAGAUGGAAGGAGGCGCGUAUGGAGCUGGCAAGGCUGGCUCUGCUCUGGAUCCCAUCUCGUUCCUCAAGCAACCCCAAACCAUCAUCCGCAUCCUCAGCUGGGUUUUCUCCAUCGUAGUGUUUGCUUCUAUUGUGAACGAAGGCUACAUCAAUAAAGGCAAUGAAAUUCUUUACUGUGUUUUCAAUAAAAACAGCAACGCCUGCAACUAUGGCAUUACAAUCGGCAUCUUAGCGUUUUUCGCCUGCAUCCUGUUCCUCACCCUCGAUCUCUACUUCCCACAAAUCAGCAGCGUAAAGGACAGGAAGCACGUUGUACUUGGAGACCUCGGAUUUUCAGGACUGUGGACGUUCUUGUGGUUUGUAGGCUUCUGUUUUUUGGAAAACCAAUGGCAGAUCACUUCUUUGGAAGACCUUCCCCUUAACCAAGGUGCUGACGCUGCCCGAGCUGCCAUCGCCUUCUCCUUCUUUUCCAUUUUGUCCUGGGCUGGCCUAACCCUGAAGGCAUGGCAGAGGUACCGCCUGGGGGCUGACUCAUCCCUCUUCUCCCAAGAUCAGUUGGACACUGGCCAUCCUCCGUACAGCACCGGAACUGAGAAUGCGGACACCUUUCAGAGCCCACCCUUUGCUGAAAACCUGGAUACUGUCUCCUCGGGAUACCAGAUGCCCCCAUAUUAAAGGCUGAAGGUCCUGCUUGAAGUUUAAAAGCACAGUGUCCCUUACAUUGGCCUAGAUAGUUUUCUAAUCCAGCCUAUCAAACAUCUGAUCUGAUGUGAUCUCAUUGCCUCUGUGUCUCCUCCAAGCUCUUUGUUCAAGGUGUGUGACGAGAGCUCAACUUCUUUGGCCAGAGAUUGUGGGCGAUUUUCUCAUAGAUUAAAUAAAAUGUUUCAAUAGUCUUGAAGGAUUUUAUUAAGGUGCAUUGGAGAUAUAAUACUUAAACUGAAAGCUAUGUGGGCCAAUGAAAAAGGGAUGCUGGAGUACAGAUAUUUUAUCUGUGGUGCAGUGUUGUUCACUGGUUGGUUAGCUGCAAGAGUGCUAAAGUGCUGUUAAAGAUCAUUAGGCUUUUCAUGUGCUAAACUGGUGUAAGGUAACCUUUCUUUUAGCUAAUAGUGCAGUGUACUCACUAUAUUAGUGGUAUUGUCAUUCCUGUGUUAACUGUAGUAUGCAAGUUGGAAAGGCACCCUCUUCCAACAUCAAAGCAUCUAUUUAGUGUUCUUAGAAACCUUCCUCAAUUUAUUUGACGUACCUGUGAGCUCAUGAUUAACUGUUCCACAUCAUGUACCAGAUUAUCUAGUUGUGUGUAACUGUAUACAGCUUUAACUUGUUAAUCUUCAGAGCUAAGUGGGGAUGUGAAUUUAAUGUGUUCCUGCUUCCAUUUAAUUGCAUUGGUGACAAACAUAUAAACACGAAUAGAAGAACUUUGAAAAAGGUCAGCUGAGCGUUUCAGUCGAUACCAUUGGGAAUAUUUUCAAAUACUCUUUUAUACCCGUGAAUGCAGAUGUCUGAUGAUACGAAUGAACAUCAUAUUACUCAAAAGUGGUAUUGGUUGUGACUUUAGUAAAGCUUAGUGCCCCUCGCUGUAUAAUCUAGGGUUUAUUAUGUGUCUUUUGUAUAGUAAUCUCAUUCUUAUUGUAGGUUACUUUAUGGAAUUGGGCAUAAGCAAAUUUAGAGUAACUUGUGGAUAACCAGAGGGUUAAACUCACUGCAUACCAAGGGACAGGGUCUUAAAGACCUCCUCGACUGCGCCCAAAUUAUUCAGAAGUCAUGGCAUCAUGUGCUUGAACCCUUCUGACUAGGAACAUCCGAAUGUAAUUAUGUACAAGUCAUCCUUUUGGGAUGUGUGUGUAUAUACUGCCAGUCAGGUAAGUCUCGACUUACAAAUUGAACUUGCGCCUUUUCACCAGCAUGAAAGCUUUGUAUAACAAAAUAACGCCAGAACAACAACAAUAACAACAACAACAAAGUGCAAUUUUGAUUUUGUGAUGAUCCCUGUGGUGAGGGAGCCAUAAACCAAAAUGUAGAAAUUGACCAAAUGACAGCCGACCCCAAACUGAAGAAAUUCUCAAAUAACGAACUGCGGAUGCUGUAAAUCAGAAAGAGGUCACUCGGUCCGAAACGUUAACUCUGGUUUUUCUCCACAGACGCUGUCAGACCUGCUGAGCUUUUCCAGCAAUUCCUGCUGGAAAUUAACAACAAGAUUUCACUCAUUUGUAGCUUUUACAUGUUCAUGAUUCAGAACUGACGCAAAUUACACUUGAAUUCAUCGGCAAAUUAUACUUUAAAUAAGAAGGUAAAUUUUACUCCAGCUGAUAUGACAAGAUAUGUUUUAGCAUAACCAUAAGCAAUUGCAUCAUCCCCACUCCCUGCAAUAAUGCAACACUAUUUGCUUCUCAGUUACACAGCAUUUUGUACCUCACAUAGAAAAGGUUAGGGAAACUAUACACCAGGUUUCACUUUAGAAUGUCACAAGCAUGAUUAUCAGCUGUAAGGCACAUUUCUACAAACCACCUUUUUUUUUUAGAACAUAGCAUUCCUGAUGGUGUAAAUUUCCACAGUUCUUUUUCAAUGGACCCAAUCGCACCCUAAUUCAUAGCUUGUCCACUUGUCAGAAAGCACCCAGUUCCUUUGUCAACCUGAGCUGUACUCGGAGCUUUCCAGUCCUAGCCCUUUUUAGCCAGCUUGCAGAGUACCUGUCAGAAUCCCUGCCUCCUUUACUGCCAAACAGCUACUUUGUUUUGUUGAUAAACAAUUUAUUUUCCUUUUUUUAGCAAAGCCAGACUUAGUAAACAGUCUUUGAUCGUAUAAAUGUUUUGUAAAGGGUAAUGAAAAUCAUGACUCGUGGUUAAAACUUGAUUCUUUUUCCAGAAAUAUUAUUAAGGACAGGGUUUGCCUGCAUUGGCUUCUGUGGUUGUUGAUACAUUCAUCAUAAUGGCUCCUACCCAUCAGAAACAGCAAGUCAAUGCACCACCUGUAAUACAAGACCUGAAGGCAAAUAAAGUACAGGGAAUUUCUUUUUAAAAAGCAAUCUUAGGCAAUAUUCUAGGAGAUUUCAACCUGACUUCAACUAUAUUCAAAUGAAUUUGUAGAGCCUUGCAUUACACAUACCAAAUCCAUAAAUAGCAUAAAAAUUCUUUAAGACUUACCCUUUCAUAUUAGUCACUUGUUUGGAUUAAGGGAUAGGGAAGAGAGUUUUCUCUCCUUCCCAAAGAUCAGAUUUCCAUACUCUUGGAAAUAGAGUGAAUAAAGUUAUAUGCGAAAUGUUUGUCCAGUGCCUUCUACUGCCCUUUGCUUCCGUUUUCAUCCUGGAUAAGGUAUUCCACAUAUUUAUCAAUUUCAACAUGAAUAUAUUUUAACUGUGUUUAUACCUUAUUGUAAUUGUGCAAUCAGGUUUCCUGACCCAAUCUGAAUCUAUGCGCCUACGUGGCAAGUCCUAGAGACAAAAUCUUUUACAAAAGCAAUGUUGUGGAUUGAGUUUGCAAUAAAUGAUCAACCCAUGGUUUCUAGUUGCUGCUUCCACUGUGCUAAACCUUCCAUCUCUAUCUUCCGCUCUCCUAAUGUUGCCCAUUUGAAAAGAUGUAACACUUUAGCUGUAAUCCCAUUUACGUUUCAGUGGGAGCACAGUUCUGCCUGACUGAAGUAACCAGGCAUGGUGGCUCAGUGGUUAACACUGCUGCCUCACCGUGCCAGGGGCCCAGGUUCGAUCCCAACCUCGGGU